AUGAUUAACAAUUUUAAAUCACCACAGUCGAAUGAUCCGAUUAAGAAGCUGCAGAAUUUGCUGAACAACUGCCUCUACUCCGUCGUUGACGUGCUGAGCAAUUUAUCUUACCAAGGGGAGCCAAAGGAGCUGGAAGUUGUUCCGGAGGAGGAAAGCGAAUAUGCUUACUUUGUGAACUUGCUCAAGGAAAGGGCCGACGAGAUUGAGCGGGAGAAUGGGGAAGCGGUAGAAGAAGUACAGGCGGAGGUGAAGGGGGAGGUAGAAGAGGAGGCAAAAGAGGAGGAAAAAGAGGAGGUGAAAGAGGAGGUGAAAGAGGAGGCAAAAGAGGAGGUGAAAGAGGAGGCAGAAGAGGAGGUAAAAGAGGAGGUGAAGGGGGAGGUGAAAGAGGAGGUGAAAAAAGAAGCAAAAGAAGAAGCAAAAGAAGACGUCAAAGAAGACGGCAAAGAAGCGCACGAUGAAGCGCAGGAGGCGAAAGACGCGGGGGAGGGAGAGCCGGAGAAGGACGGCCAAACGGACGAAUCGGAGGACCCCUCGAGCGAAGAAACGAGCGAUGAGUCGUACACAGAGUCAAGCGAUUUAUCGGAUGAACGAUCCAACGAUGAUACACUGGACAGAAAAGAAACGGACGACGAGCAGACACAACGCUCCGUGGAGGAAGGACCCCCCAAGAAGUAUUUUGUCAAACCCUAUUUUGAACCACCCCUGCAGGAAGAAAUCCUGGACCGAGUGGAACGAAUGAAACUGAUUUUAAAAAUGAUCGACUCUUGCAUAGAGGAGCUGCCCGAUUCGUUGAUGAUCGAAGAAGAGAAGUGCCAGGAAAUGAAGGCCUUGCAAAAACGGAAGGAUGACUCCAAGGAGGAGUUAAAAAGGCUCUACAGCGAAUACGACGCCAUAUACAGUUACGUCACGGAUAACCUGCGGAACAUUAUUAUUAACACGGAGUGA